CUUUUCUCGGAGUUUAACGCGCGAGUUAGUCCGCUUAGUCGCCGCUUUUCUGGCUCCCGCGUUGCCUUCCGCGCUGUCUUGCGCGACCUGCCGCAGGCCAACUCCUUCCCAUGUAUACAGGAAAUUCGGAUUUAACCGUACAGCUCAGCAGAAAGUGAUCACCGAGGAGAUCCGGAUCCCCACUUAUUUGCAGAGGAGUGGAACCUGCUGUUCUGCAUAAGAACCCAGUCAUGGAGAUAAGAAAGAAAGGGUCUGGGUCUCCUUUUAUUUAUCAAGGGAGCCUUCCAACCUGUGCAAGAUGUCAGUGCAAGGGCUUCAUCUCCUUUGAGGAGGUGGCCGUGUACUUCACAGAAAAAGAGUGGGCUCUGCUGGAUCCUAGCCAAAGAGCUCUUUACAGGGAAGUGAUGUUGGAGACAUAUGGCAACGUGGCCUUUUUGGAAUCCUGGAUCCGCAAACCUGACCUCAUUUCCAGGUUGGAGGAAAAGGAUGAGAUGUUUUUCCUACAGUCGGAGGACACGAGGAGCUCAGCAGAAGAUUCGACUCUGGCAGUGACGGCAGAGAGAUUUUCAGAGGAAGACCUUUCUUCUGAAGACACAAUGGAUUAUUCCCUAGAACAAUUUCCAGAGAUUCCGGCAGAGAUGAUGGAGGUUACAGGACUGGUUGGUGAGAAUGGGAUGAAGCUGGAGCAAUUACAGAAGGCUCUACUGCAGUUCAUCCUCCUGUGUCACAGCAGAUUUCUCCUCAUCUGUUCUGCUUACAUGCACUGGAUGCGUAUGAGACAGAGGCUGCUACUCUUAGCGACUCGGAGUUCAAGCCUAAGGCAGAGACGGCUGCUGGGCAAAAGGGAUCGGUCCUCACAUCGGGCGCGCAUGCGUUGGUUUGCCCUGGCCUGCGUGCCUGUGCCCCAUCGUUACUGGGUACGGCCAAGGAACACAAACUGGUGGGAGAAUUUCAUGCACCAGAGUGACCAACAGUGGCUGCACAAUUUCCGGAUGACCCAGGAAACGUUUUCUGAGAUUGCGUCAGCGUUGAAAGGACGGCUGCUGCGGCGCAAGACUUCCAUGCGCGAGCCCAUUCCGGUGGAGAAGCGCAUAGCGAUCGCCAUGUGGUACCUGGCCAGUGGAAAGACCUACAGGGAGGUCGGGGAGAAGUUCGGAGUGGGAGUCUCCACGGUUGGGGAGAUGUUGCUUGAAGUCUGUUUCACCAUGGAGGUAGAGCUUUAUCGCAAGACUGUCAGCCUGGGUUCCGAGGUUGCUAAGAUAAUGGAUGGAUUUGGUCAGCUGGGGUUCCCUCACUGCAUCGGUGCCAUAGACAGAAUGCCCCUUUUGACACGCUCCCCAGGCAAGAGGUUCGACGAACAUGGAAACCUCAAAAAAUACUCCUCCGUCCAACUGCAGGGAACUGUGGACCACAUUGGGCGGUUUAUUGAUGCAGAGGUGGAGUGGGGGGAGAGGAACCCCGACGCUUCAGGUUUCUGCAACUCUGCACUCUGCACUGCCAUGGACAACGGGGUGUAUGUUCCUGGGAACCCUACCCUCCAUCUUGAAGGGGUGUCUGUCCCAGCCCUUAUAGUGGCAGAUGGAGCCUACCCCAUGAGGCGGUGGCUGAUGAAGCCCUUUGGCCAAUGCCAGGGCAGGCGCGAGAGGAACUUUGACUCUACCUUGCAUCGGGCACGAAAUGUGGCCGAGUGUGCCUUUGAACGGCUCAAGGCUCGCUGGCGGUGCCUCUCUGCACGCCUCAAUGUGUUUCAGGAGAACGUGACGUCUGUGGUCAGAGCCUGUGUCAUCCUGCACAAUAUCUGUGAGGAAAAGGGGCAUGAGUUACUGAGGGAAGAAUCUGAGCAGGACCGUACCCCGGCGGGCUGCUGUGAUGCCAAACCUGCCGAAGAGCACACAGAGGCUGCUGUAGAAUCUGACCCGAACGCUGGGCAGCAUUUAGCUGAAGGAGAGGCUGUAAGAGAAGUCAUAGCCAACUACAUGAUUGCAAACCUGCAGUGCUGAAAACAGGGGGAUGUGUGUGAUUUUUUUUUUGUCCAUAGCCUUCUGUAUGUAGCAUUUCACAUCAUUAAAAACUUUACCUUUUCUGAAA